AUGCCUCCUCCAGUCCAAUCUGCGUAUAAGCGUAUCGCCCAGCCAACCGCUGGAGAAAACGGAUACCAAGCACGCCAAUCUGGCAAAUCCGAGAUCCUUCCUGUUGGCUGGAAUGGAUUCAAUGGCAAACCCCUUGAAAGCUCCAUUCAAAUUGAUCACGAUGUUGAGAUUGUGGUUCGCGACGGCGUCCGUCUAUAUGUUGAUGUGUAUCGGCCAGCCCACUCGGAUGAGAAAAUUCCAGCUGUGCUCAGCUGGUCCUUUUAUGGCAAAAAAUAUAGCGCCUUGGAUAUGCUCCCCAUGACGACCUGGCAUUGCUGUGUGAAGCCAUCGGAGCUCAGUGGAUUGGAGAAGUUCGAAGGGUUGGAUCCGCAGAUCUGGUGUCCGCGUGGAUACGCUAUUGUGAGUGUUGACACACGUGGUGCUGGCCACAGCGACGGCCAGAUCUGUGUGAUGGGAAGUCAGGAUGCGGAGGAUGGAUAUGACGUGGUGGAAGCGGUCGCUCGGAUGGACUGGUGCAAUGGAAAUGUCGGUAUGGCAGGCAAUUCGGCACUGGCCAUCUCGCAGUGGUUUAUUGCUUCACAGGAGCCACCUUCUUUGAAGGCCAUUGCGCCUUGGGAGGGAUCUGGUGAUAUCUAUCGCGAACAAUUUUGUCGUGGCGGUUGGUUCUCAAUGAGCAACUUCGAUCUCAUUGCGAAGGCUAUUGUGCGUGGCCCUGAGAGUUCUGGACUUGAGGAUUUUGAGGAGAUGUAUCGUCGUUCGCCUGUCUCCAGUGCGUUCUGGGAAGAUAAACGCGCCGAUAUUUCUCGCGUGCAAUGUCCUGUUUUCAUUCGGGGAUCGGAUGUCAGCUCUAUUCACACAAUGGGUUCUAUUCGUGGUUAUUUGGAAGUGCCUCAUGACAAAAAAUGGAUUCAGUGGGGCAGCAAUCAGGAGUGGUAUGAACUGUACAGUGUACCCGAGUCGACGACGGAGUUAGCCUUGUUCUUCGACCGUUAUUUGAGAGAGAAAGAUAACGGAUGGGAGAAUACGCCAAAGGUCCGAUGGUCUGCGCUACAGUUUGGAGACCGGGAAGCCAUCGACAAUAUUGCCCUUGAAGACUUUCCCGCACCCACAACUGACUACAAAGAAUUCUUCCUGGGGGAUAACAAGCUGCUUUGCCCUUCCCGUUCGUUGACCACCCAACGCAUCAGCUAUGACUCGGAAGACCGCCACAGCUUUGCCGAGUUUAACUAUACAUUCAAAAAGCCAGCGCGAUUAAUCGGUCUACCCAAGGCAGUACUGUACAUGUCUUGCGAUGCACACGAUGACUUCACUGUUUUUGUCAUUAUACGCAAGAAAGAUAAAAACGGUAAAGACCUGAUGCAUCUCAACUUUCCCUUCGAUGCAACCCCCGUGAACUCUAUUGAUGAGAUUCCGGAAUCAGAACAGGCGAGCCUCAAUCUGCACUUAGGUUCUGUUGGAAUUCUACGCGCUUCGCACCGGGAAAUUGAUGAGUCAAAAAGCAUACAUCCACAGUUCCCCUUCCAUCCUCAUAAACGACAGGACAAGAUUUCUCUAGGCACUAUAGUGAAGCUGGAGAUCGGCAUUUGGGCAAUGGGCGUGGACUUUGAGGAAGGCGAGACCAUUAGUUUGAGGGUUGGGGGACAGUACCCUAGUAUCGCCGAGUAUAAGUCGUUUUCGAGACCAAGGCCGGAGCAUGAGCUGAACCGGGGCAAGCAUGUUAUCCACUGCAGUGAAGAACAUCCCAGUGCACUCAUUCUUCCAUUCAUCUAA